AUGGCGGCGACAAUUACUGAAGACAACAGCCUAUACCCGAUUGCGAUCCUUGUAGACGAACUAAAGCAUGAAGACGUUCAACUUCGGUUAAAUUCAAUCCGCCAGGUUCGCAUAAUCGCUGAGGCACUAGGUCCUGAACGCACGCAAAGCGAGUUACUUCCUUUUAUGAAUGACUCGUUAGAUGACGAAGAUGAGGUACUGCUUGUGAUGGCGGAAGAGCUCGGCAACUUUGUUAAUGUUGUAGGCGGCCCAGCGCACGCAUAUUUGCUGCUUAAACCCCUCGAGUCGCUGGCGACGGUAGACGAAGCUUGUGUUCGCGACAUGGCAGUGCGCUCGAUCUGCAAGAUAGUGGAGCUCCUAGAGUCUCACCACGUCGUCGAGCAUUUUGUACCCGUCCUGCGGCGUCUCGUCACACGCGACUGGUUCACAUCGCGCAUUGCAUCGUGCAAUCUUUUUCAGGUGGGCUACACGCAACUUUCAGCUGACCUUCAGGCCGAGCUUCGAGGAAUGUUUGGCCAGCUUUGCCGUGAUGAUACGCCAAUGGUGCGCAAGGCAGCGUCUGCGGCUUUAGGAGGCUUUGCUUCGGUGAUGGAAGGCGUUGGUGCCAGUGGAGAUAUACUUCCACUAUUUUUGUCGCUGGCUACAGACCGUCAAGACUCUGUUCGAAUACACACAAUCGAUAAUGCUGUGGCGUUGGCACGUCUCGUUCCGGCGGAUGUACUUUUGACACAGGUGCUGCCAGCUAUCUUUGAAAUUGCGCGUGAUAGCUCGUGGCGAGUACGUUGGUCUGUAGCCAAUCGAUUCUCAGAAGUCUGUGAGGCCUUGAAUGCAGAGACAAUUAAUUCCACCUUCUGUGACUCGGUGGUGUCGUUGCUUGAGGAUAGCGAAGCAGAAGUGCGCACUGCGGCUACGUCGAAAAUCCUUGGUGUUGUAAAGCUUCUGCAGCCUCCAAAGAUUGUGGAGAAGAUUGUUCCAUGCUUUCAGCGUCUCGCACGCGACAUGUCAGACCACGUGCGUUCUGCUCUUGCUUCAGUAGUUAUGAAGAUUGCUCCAUUUUUGGGCCGGGAUCUUACCAUUGAGCUACUUCUACCACUCUUCCUGCUUUUGCUAAAUGAUCAAAACUCAGAAGUUCGCCUCAAUGUGAUCUCAAAUUUGGAAGAAGGCAACGCUAUCAUUGGAAUUGAGCUGUUGUCACAGUCGCUCUUGCCUGCUAUUGUGCAUCUUGCAGAAGAUCGUCAGUGGCGUAUCCGACUAGCGAUAAUAGAGUAUAUUCCGCUGCUGGCUGCUCAGUUGGGACGUGACUAUUUUGAGGAACAGCUUUCGCAGCUUUGCAUGGCCUGGCUGGUGGACAAUGUGUUCUCUAUCCGUGAAGCGGCUACAAUCAACUUAAAAAAUCUUACUGAGCACUUUGGUGUAGACUGGGCAAGAACAAGUGUCAUGCCGCGGAUCGUGACGAUGCACUCAAAUGCUAACUUUUUGCAUCGCUUGACGUCUUUGUAUGCCGUCAAAGUACUGAGUGAAGCGAUGACGGCUGAAACAAUCCAAACACUGCUCGUUCCGCUGGUAAUUGAGCUCGCUCAGGAUCCGGUUCCUAACAUCCGUUUUAACGUAGCUAAAACACUGGAGGUACUCGGGCUGAAAGUAGACACAGAAGCGUGCUCCGCUACUGUCGUUCCAUGCUUGACGGCGCUGCAGCAAGACGGCGAUGCUGAUGUUGUUUACUUUGCGCAGCGCGCGCUUACGACCCUCGGCUAG